CAAGGCAGGAUGCUUCAGGGGUCUAGAAGGAAGCAGGGAGCACCAGGGCAGUUGAAGCCGAUGCAGAACGGAUCAUCCCAAGAUCAGCCCCCUAUGAGCCCCCAGGUCCAGGUCCAGGGGUCAGGGGAAAGGACCCCGGCCCCAGAGCCUCCACCUUAUCCUCCACCUCCUCCUCCUCCAUGCACCAGGCCACGGCUGGUCUUCCACAUCCAGCUCGCCCAUGGCAGCCCCACAGGACACAUCGAGGGCUUCACUAACAUCAUGAUCGCCGAGGUUUUUGUCAUCUCUUCCUCAGAGAUCCUGUUCUGCACCUUCAACUCCCACAAGGUGGACAUGCAGAAGCUCCUGGGCGGCCAGAUUGGGCUGGAGGACUUCAUCUUCGCCCAUGUGAGGGGAGAGACCAAGGAGGUGGAGAUGACCAAGAGUGAGGACGCCCUGGGGCUGACCAUCACUGACAACGGCACGGGGUACGCUUUCAUCAAGAGGAUAAAGGAAGGCAGCAUUAUAGACCAUCUGAAGACAGUGUGUGUUGGCGAUCACAUUGAGGCGAUCAACGACCAGAGCAUCGUGGGAUGCCGACAUUACGAAGUUGCCAAGAUGUUAAAGGUGUUACCGAAAGCAACGCCUUUCACCCUGCGCUUAGUGGAGCCGAAGAAAGCCUUUGAUAUGAUCAGCCUGAGGACCAAGUCUGCAAAGUCGGCUGGAGAAGGGAGGGUGGGCAGCAGCAGAGAAACUCUGCGGCUGAGGUCCAAAGGGUCAGCAACAGUGCAGGAAGCACCGAGUGAAUUUGAAGAACGAGCCGUCAGGAAGGUGGACGACCUUUUGGAGAGCUACAUGGGGAUCAGAGACGUGGAGCUGGCUGCCACAAUAGUGGAAGCGGGGAAGGACAAGAAGACGCCUGAUGACUUUGCGCAGGCGCUGGACUCAGUUCUGGGGGACUUUGCCUUUCCGGACAUGUUUCUCUUUGAUGUCUGGGGGGAAAUAGGAGACGUCAGGAACGGAGUUAUUUAGGGGGCCAGGAAAUCUGCAGCACCGGACCCUUUGUUUCAGCGAACAUAUUAGUGUUUUAGCAAAAUCCACAGUCGUGUUACGCCAACCGAUUUUUCACACUUAGCUCUCCACAGGCUCUGAGAAUCAGCUGAGGGUCACUGGUGUUGAUUGGUCUAACAUUCAAAGUGAAACAAGUGAAGAAGCAGCUGCUUGGGUUUGUGAUGAUCGCUGCUUCCUUAGACU